CGGGCGGAGGCGGCGGCGGAGGGGGAGGUGCGAGCCGGGCGCCGCCCCCGGCCCCUCCCCGGCCCUCCCCGCUCCGCGCUCAGACAGCGGGCGGCCCAGGGGCGGGCGCGCCGCUGCAUCCCCAUCCUCGUCGUUGCCCGGCGCAGCGCGAGCGGGCGAGCGGCGCGGGCUGUCGGAGCGCGGAGGCCCGGCCAUGGCCACCACCAGCACCACGGGCUCCACCCUGUUGCAGCCCCUCAGCAACGCCGUGCAGCUACCCAUCGACCAGGUCAACUUUGUAGUGUGCCAACUCUUUGCCUUGCUAGCAGCCAUUUGGUUUCGAACUUAUCUACAUUCAAGCAAAACUAGCUCUUUUAUAAGACAUGUAGUUGCUACCCUUUUGGGCCUUUAUCUUGCACUUUUUUGCUUUGGAUGGUAUGCCUUACAUUUUCUUGUACAAAGUGGAAUUUCCUACUGUAUUAUGAUCAUCAUAGGAGUGGAGAACAUGCACAAAUACUGCUUUGUGUUUGCUCUGGGAUACCUCACAGUGUGCCAAGUCACUCGCGUCUAUAUCUUUGACUAUGGACAAUAUUCUGCUGAUUUUUCAGGCCCAAUGAUGAUCAUUACUCAGAAGAUCACUAGUUUGGCUUAUGAAAUUCAUGAUGGGAUGUUUCGGAAGGAUGAAGAACUGACUUCCUCACAGAGGGAUUUAGCUGUAAGGCGCAUGCCAAGCCUACUGGAGUAUUUGAGUUACAACUGUAACUUCAUGGGGAUCCUGGCAGGCCCACUCUGCUCUUACAAAGACUACAUUACUUUCAUUGAAGGCAGAUCAUACCAUACGACACAAUCAGGUGAAAAUGGAAAAGAAGAGAUACAGUCUGAAAGAACAGAGCCAUCUCCAAAUACUGCGGUAAUUCAAAAGCUCUUAGUUUGCGGGCUGUCCUUGUUAUUUCACUUGACCAUCUCGACAACAUUACCUGUGGAGUACAACAUUGACGAGCAUUUUCAAGCUACAGCUUCAUGGCCAACAAAGAUUAUCUAUCUAUAUAUCUCUCUUUUGGCUGCCAGACCCAAAUACUAUUUUGCAUGGACGCUAGCUGAUGCCAUUAAUAAUGCUGCAGGCUUUGGUUUUAGAGGAUAUGACAAAAAUGGAGCAGCUCGCUGGGACUUAAUUUCCAAUUUGAGAAUUCAACAAAUAGAGAUGUCAACAAGUUUCAAGAUGUUUCUUGAUAAUUGGAAUAUUCAGACAGCUCUUUGGCUCAAAAGGGUGUGUUAUGAACGAGCCUCCUUCAGUCCAACUAUCCAGACGUUCAUUCUCUCUGCCAUUUGGCACGGGGUAUACCCAGGAUAUUAUCUAACGUUUCUAACAGGGGUGUUAAUGACAUUAGCAGCACGAGCUAUGAGAAAUAACUUUAGACAUUAUUUCAUCGAACCUUCCCAACUUAAAUUAUUGUAUGAUGUUAUAACAUGGAUUGUAACUCAAGUAGCAGUAAGUUACACAGUCGUGCCAUUCGUACUUCUUUCUGUAAAACCAUCAUUCACAUUUUACAGCUCCUGGUAUUACAGCCUGCACAUCCUUGGUAUCUUAGUAUUAUUGUUGUUUCCAGUGAAAAAAACUCAAGGAAGAAAGAAUGCACAUGAAAAUAUUCAGCUCUCACAAUCCAAAAAGUUUGAUGAAGGAGAACAUUCUUUGGGACGGAACAGUUUUUCUAUAACAAACAAUGUUUGCAAUCAGAAUCAAGAAAUAGCCUCGAGACAUUCAUCACUAAAGCAGUGAUGGGGAAGGCUCUGAGGGCUAUUUUUUAAUGUUAACAGAAACCAAUCUUAGCACCUUUUCAAGGGUUUGAGUUUGUUGGAAAAGCGAUUAACUGGUGGGAAAUUGGGCAGUUAUAGAUGAGGAAUUUCCUGUAAACCAGAUUGGAAAUAGAGUGAAACAAGCCCUCCCAUGCCAUGUCCCUGUGGGCCAUGCCUUAUGUAAGAAUAUUUCCAUAUUUCAGUGGGCACUCCCAACCUCAGCACUUGUUCGUAGGGUCAUUCGUGUGCCCUGUUGCUGAAUGUAUGUUGCGUAUCCCAAGGCACUGAUGAGGUGGAAAAAUAAUCGUGUCAAUCUCAAUGAUAGGGAUAAAUCAACUUUUCCAAAUGAAUGUCUUGCCUUAAACCCUCUAUUUCCUAAAAUAUUGUUCCUAAAUGGUAUUUUCAAGUGUAAUAUUAUGAGAACACUAUUGCAGUAGUUGAUGUUGUGUGCUGUAAAGGAGUUCAGGAGGAUUUUGAAACAGGAUAUUUAAGAAUGUGGAUUUUAUUAAAUGCAAUAAACAUCUCAGUAUUUGAAGGGU